AUGCUUGCGGGUCUAUUUUAUACGCGUACUGCACCUCAAAAAGUAGCAGAAAAGCCAAAGGUGAAUGACAAUUUUACUGUAGAGAAUCCAAAUGGAGGAAAUAAUAAAGGUAAUGUGCUCACGAGCUCUGAAUAUUCACGUCCUCGAAGUGGCAAUGAUUUUGUAGAAAAUACCUCUAAGUCUGUUCAACAACAACAACAACAACAACGAGAACAACAAAAACAACCUCAAAUGGGAAAGUUUAUUUCAUCGACAGAUGUUUUUGCUAUAGAAAAGGAAGAUUCAAGAUCAUCUUCAAUAAAAAAACAACGUAAACCAGAAUUGACUUUGGAUUUUGAGGUAUUGGUGGAUAAACUAAAGGCUAUCUUAUGCGGUUGGUUAGUUCGAAAACGUAUGAAAAGUAAUUUUGCUCUUGAUUUGGUAAAAAAGAUAAAGAGUUUAGAUUAUGGGAAUUCUGGUGAAAGUGACUUUCACAACUUAGAGAUGAAUUCGUCUUUUAGAAAAUCAUUUUACGUCGAUCAACUUUUAUCAUACCUUCAGAAUGGAAUAAAAACACUCAUAAAUGAUGACAUGAAGUAUAGAAUCAAGAAUAAAAAAUUUAAUUUAUCGUAUAAAGAAAGCCAUGAUGUCAAAAAGAAUUCUUCAACCUCACAAAAAAGCCAAGGAUUGGAUUUUGCCAUUUACUCAUCUGACGAAACUAAACAAAGAAAAGAGGAUCUUCUUUAUGCUCUAAAAGAAUCUACAGGUUUGAAGGAUUCUUCCAUCUUUUCUUUACUGGGAAAUAUUACUCCUAACUUUCUUGAGGAGAGAAGGUCCGUUUUUCUUCAAACAAUUUUCUCUCCAGAAGAAAGUAGAGAGUAUUUUACCCCUAUUCCUAGAUUUAAUGCUAUGAAGGGAUUUGACUAUUUAGAUGUUAAUCGUUCAUUUACUUCUAUGUACGGUGGAGGAUAUCAUACAGUAAUAAAACGCUUAGAGCAAUCCUCUCUUGGUGUGUAG